AUGAAGUCAAGCGUUGUGUUACUCAAGGGAGCGCGGUCAUGUUCCAUCCUGUACAGAGGCACCUUGUCCUUAAAUUUAAUUUAUUCAUCAUCAUCAUCAAUUUGCAAUCGUAAUUUUAAUACCAAGCUCGGAAUAAAUUGUAACAAACGAAAUGAUUUCAGAGAGCAGCUCAAACAACAUGCUUCUCAAUUAGAAAAGAUUUUAGAGGAGGAUAGAAAAUCAUUGGAUUUGGUUUCUUUCGGAACGGUUGUAGAGCCUGCUGAUUUGGCAAAACAUCCAUUCUACACCUACGAUGUAAAGAUUUACAAAAUGGGAUGGGAUUCUGAUUUCGAUGAAAAGGAAUUUGUGGAGGGAGCUAAGCUUGCUUUUCGAACAAUUAGAGAAUUACUUGUUGAAGAUCCAUCUCAAUUGGAACCCAUGUUUACUCCUGAAUCCUACGAAGCACUGAGAGAUUGGUACAAAUACGUUUCCGAAGAAAAACAUUGUAAAAUACAGGGAAGCCUUGACUCAAUUAGUGAAGCACAAAUAUUGAACAUUAGAAUUGAUGCAGAAGGAGCCACAAUUGUUAACGUGAGACUCAAAUUCAAAGAAACUCUCUACUUGGAAGAUGAGGAAGGAAACGUGGUAUCAGGAAAGAAAUCUCCUCUAACAAAAAUUGGCGUCAUCUCCUUUUUCAGGCCAGACAAGGAGACAGACUGGCAGGUGAGAGCUAUUGUCAAUCCUUACAUUUUAACAAGCACAGCUGAAAAUGAUGCUUAA